UCUCUUACAUUUUGUAAACAACCUUAAUGUUUUUCAGGUAGGUUUCCUGGGGUGAAGUGCCAGGUGGUGUUGUCCAUUUUAAAACUGACUGGAAACAGCAACAGUGAUAACCACGAUGACAAACAGUGAUCUUUCUAGAAGAAAGGACAGCAGGCAGAUAUGCUGGAAAUGAAUUACAAAACUAACUUUAGCAACAAAACUUAGUGUUUCUAAAUUUUCUUAAAGGUUUUAAAUAAAAUAUUUAAAAUGUUUUUCAGCUUUAGAUGUAGGACUUUCUGAUACUGAGUUAAAAGAUUUUGUAGAAUCAGCUGUAAUGCAGUUUUGCUUCCGCUUUGAACUCAGGAUGUGGCUAAAACACAGAAGAACACCAACAACUCACACACAGAAUGAUGAGCGCAUCAGCUUACUUGGUCGUCUCAGCCGUGCUGACUAUCCAGCCUGACAGAUCUCAGUUCCACCUCUAUGAAUCCUUCAAUGUGACCUGUGUGGGGAACAAUUGGAUGGUGAUGCGACAGACAUCUGAUCCACCUGAGCCAUGUGACCAGUGGGGUCGCCCCAACGGGACCUCCUGCAUUAAUCGCAGCACCUACAAGUCAGACAGUGGAUCCUACUGGUGUCAGUCUGAGAACGGAGAACGCAGCAAUGUCCUCAACAUCACAGUGAACUUGGGUGUGAUCCUGGAGGUCCCUGCACUUCCUCUGAUAGAGGGGGAUAUUGUGGCACUCCGCUGCUCCACCAGAGGAAGAAAUUACAAGCCGUCUUCAUCAGAUUUCACAGCUAAAUUCUUCCAUAAUGGUACAUUUAUUGGGGAGCAGCCUGAUGGAAACAUGAACCUGUCAGCGGCGUCAACAUCCGAAGGUUUCUAUGAGUGUGAACAUCCCACAAAAGGAAGGUCAGCACGGAGCUGGCUGGCUGUGAGAGCCAAAGUCCGAGAUAAGCCUCAGCCUAGUCCUGAUUCUCCUCUGAUCCCUGUGACCAGAGUGGUGUGUUCAGCUGUGCUGGUCGUCCUCUACACCGUAAUAUUCAUUGUGUGUGUGCUCAUAUACAGAAGGUGGGCUCGAGCUCGAGCUGAUGGGAAAAAGAGACUUUCAGAUGGUCUUUGAGCAGAUUGAAGAGGAAGAGCAGCAACAUUUCCAUGGAGUUAAAGCAAUUUUUUUCCUUUUUAUUGAGUUUUUUUUUUACCUUUUUAUCAUUUCUGAAUGCUAAGUAUACAACAUAAAGCUAUUUUUCAAGUCUUUUCUUUAAAACAAUGGAUUGAUGAUACAUCAUGUAAUAUUGUUUACAGGAAACAGCUUCACCAGGACAAAUAACCUAAAUUCUGUUUCAUUCAUCACCUACCAAACUGGGCAGUAAGAUUUUAUUUAUACCCUUCAAAACCAAUUUGAACCCACACUUGGCAGGUAGGUGGGUGUUAGUUUGUUGCUCGGAUGAAGUGGAGGAUUGAGGGAUAACUCCACAAGUCCACAUGAAAGAGUCUCAGUUUCACCUGAUGUGUUUUUUUUUUUUUUUUUUUUCAUCAAUCUGAUGUACUAAACUGAAAGCACUGUCUUAUAUUUAAUGUGUUUUAUGUUUACACCAAAAAGUUCUGCCACAUUAAGUUUUGUAUACACAGUAUUUACAUUUUAUUCCACUUUCAGAGUCAUAUUCAAUUAAGAAAUAAACU